AGAACAGGAUUACCACUCCUUCAGCAAGUACUUCAGAUGCCAGUAGCACAACUAGUGCUGAAAUACAUUCGUAUUUUUUUAAUAUACAAGACCCUUUCAAAGUAACUGAUGAAGAAUUUAAUGAUAAUUU